GGAUGUAAAUGAGGGUCGUACAACUGAACCGCUUGUCCGAUUUGAACACCUUCUCUAAAAGUGCCCGCUUCCUUCCUCCUGGCGUGUCGUACUUUUUAGUUUGUAAAAUGUGUGUUUCCGUGUCCUAGCAGUGAGCAUGCUAGGCUAGGCUAUGUUAGGCUAGCUCUACAGAGGCUAGCGCUAUGGUACAGUCUGUUCUCAUGCUCGACCGGAAGUUGGAGCGCUCUCACAGGAAGCCUAUCGGGAUCCACGUCGCCAAACUACAAUCCACUCAUCUCCACAGACCGGCGGAGGCGACGACUAGCCGGGCAUUAUCAGCACACACUGCUCGAUUAAAGUAGAAACAUGCCUCUGCGCUUGGACAUCAAGAGAAAGCUGACAGCUCGUUCUGACCGCGUGAAGAGCGUAGACCUGCAUCCCACCGAGCCAUGGAUGGUGGCCAGUCUGUACAGUGGUAGCGUGGUGGUGUGGAAUCACGAGAACCAGACCCUGGUGAAAACCUUUGAGGUGUGCGACCUGCCUGUCAGAGUGGCCAAGUUUGUUGCCAGGAAACACUGGGUGGUCGUGGGAGCAGAUGACAUGCAGAUCCGUGUGUUUAACUACAACACGCUGGCCAGGGCUCACAUGUUCGAGGCCCACGCCGACUACAUCCGCUGCAUCGCUGUGCACCCCACACAGCCCUACAUCCUCUCCAGCAGUGACGACAUGACGAUCAAGCUGUGGGAUUGGGACAGGAAGUGGACGUGUAGUCAGGUGUUUGAGGGACACACCCACUACGUCAUGCAGGUCGUCUUCAACCCCAAAGACAACAACCAGUUUGCCAGCGGCUCCCUGGACAGGACCAUUAAGGUGUGGCAGUUAGGGUCCAAAGCUCCUAACUUCACCCUGGAGGGCCACGAGAAAGGGGUCAACUGUAUUGACUACUACAGUGGAGGGGACAAGCCCUACCUCAUCUCAGGGGCCGACGACCGGCUGGUCAAGAUCUGGGACUAUCAGAACAAGACGUGCGUCCAAACCUUGGAGGGCCAUGCUCAGAACGUGACCUGCGUCCACUUCCACCCUGAUCUGCCAAUCAUCCUGACAGGCUCGGAGGACGGCACCGUCCGGGUCUGGCACUCCAGCACCUACCGACUGGAGAACACGCUGAACUACGGCAUGGAGCGGUCCUGGUGUGUGACGGGCCAGCGGGGCUCCAACAGCGUGGCUCUGGGCUACGAUGAAGGCAGCAUCAUCAUCAAGAUGGGCCGCGAGGAGCCGGCCAUCUCCAUGGACGCCAGCGGCAAGAUCAUGUGGGCACGGCACUCUGAGGUGCAGCAGGCCAACCUGAAGGCCAUGGGAGAUGCGGAGGUCAGUGAUGGGGAAAGGCUGUCGCUGGCAGUCAAAGACAUGGGCAGCUGCGAGAUCUACCCCCAGAUGCUCCAGCACAGCCCCAACGGGAGGUUCGUAGUGGUGUGUGGAGACGGAGAGUACAUCAUCUACACCGCCAUGGCCCUGAGGAACAAGAGCUUUGGCCCCGCCCACGAGUUUGUCUGGGCCCAUGACUCUUCUGAGUAUGCUAUAAGAGAAAGCAACAAUCUCAUCAGAAUCUUCAAAAACUUUAAGGAGAAGAAGAACUUCAAACCAGAUUUCGGGGCUGAGGGUAUCUAUGGAGGGUUCUUGCUGGGGGUGAGGUCCGUCAGCGGCCUUGCCUUCUUUGACUGGGACAGCGCUGAACUCGUCCAUCGCAUCGAGAUCCAACCCAAACACAUCGUGUGGUCCGACAGCGGGGAGCUGCUGUGCAUCGCCACCGAAGAGUCGUUCUUCGUGCUGCGCUAUCUGGCCGAGAAGGCGUCGGCCGCCCUGGAGUCCAGGCAGGGGCUGACCGAGGACGGCGUGGAGGACGCCUUCGAGGUGCUGGGGGAGAUCCAGGAGGUGGUGAAGACGGGGACCUGGGUGGGAGACUGCUUCAUCUACACCAACUCUGUCAACCGGCUCAACUACUACGUGGGCGGGGAGAUCGUCACGGUCGCUCACCUGGACAGGAUGAUGUACCUGCUGGGCUACAUCCCCAAGGACAACCGUCUGUAUCUGGGGGACAAGGACCUGACGGUGAUCAGCUACUCGCUGCUGGUGUCCGUGCUGGAGUACCAGACGGCUGUGAUGAGGAGGGACUUCAGCAUGGCUGACCGGGUGCUGCCCGCUAUCCCCAAGGAGCAGAGGAUCAGGGUGGCCCACUUCCUGGAGAAACAGGGCUUCAGGCAGCAGGCCUUGGCGGUAUCCACUGAUCCGGAACACAGGUUCGAGCUGGCCCUGCAGCUGGGAGAGAUGACGAUAGCUCACCAACUGGCCACAGAGGCAGAGUCGGAGCAGAAGUGGAAACAGUUGGCGGAGCUGGCGACUGCCAAGUCCCAGUUUGGCUUGGCCCAGGAGUGCCUCCACCACGCCCAAGACUUCGGGGGGCUGCUGCUGCUGGCCACCGCCUCUGGAAACUCGGACAUGGUUGGCAAGCUGGCCAAGGGAGCAGAGGAGAAGGGCCUGACCAACGUGGCUUUCCUCACCUUUUUCCUGCAGGGGAAAUUGGAGAAAUGCCUGGAUCUCCUCGUCAAAACCAAGCGCCUGCCAGAGGCUGCCUUCCUGGCCAGAACAUAUUUGCCUAGCCACGUACCAAGGGUUGUGAAGCUGUGGAAGGAGAGUCUGGCCAAGGUGAACCAGAAGGCGGCAGACGCGCUGGCCGACCCCACCCAGUACAGCAACCUGUUCCCGGGCCUCCAGCAGGCCCUGCUGGCCGAGCAGUUCCUGGAAGAGACCCACGUCGGAGCCAGGCCUGCAGCCGACUACCCGCUCAUCAUGCCCAAUGAGGACCGCGCUGUUCUGGAGGAGUCUGCAGGGUAUGUGCCAUCAGGAGCGGCUGCUGCACCAGAGGAAUUAAUGGAGUGCGUAGAUGAUCGGCCCAUGGCAGCAGCUGAGAUGGCGGAGGAGGUACAGGGGGAGGAGCCUUUGGUCGACAUUGUUGUACCAGUGGCAGAGCCCACCCCAGAAGUAACAGAAGAGCUUGUCGAGAUAGUUCAGUCCACAACAGUGGAACAUGCCUUGCCCUCAGUUGAGACGGGCAUGCAGGAGAUGUCUCUGGUAGCUGAGGAAUCACAUGCUUUAGAAGCCACAACAACAGCGUUGGAGUCUGAGACAGCUGUGCUAGUUUCUCAUACCUCAGAAACCAUCGUCACCUCCGAGACGGUGGUAGCAACGGAAACCAUUGAAACCGUAGUCGAGACCUCAGAGGAUUCCUCUGAGAAACUCUCAAUGGACUUCAUAGCAACCGAAGUCCCGGCAACCGCGGCCGUAGCAAGAGACACAGCGCCUGCAAAAGAGGAAGCACCCGAAUCAGAUCUCCUCAGUUUUGAUUCAGCCCCGCCAUCGGCUGAAGUGGAGGAACUUGUAGAUUUAGGCGGAUCCUGCGAUCCGGAGUUGGAUGUGCCUGUUCCAGAACAAAUCCUCCAGGAGUCGUUGGAGUCUUCAGUAUCAAAGCAGCCAGAUGCUGCCCUAGAUGCAGUUCUUGCAGACCCGCUGGUGAAAGCAGAAGCCACAACUUGUCCAGCAGCAGCCCCCGCUGAGACGGAGCUCGUGAAGGAGGAGGUUUCAGAAGAAGCUGAGGACCAGGAAAUGGAGAUGAGUGACGAGGGCAUGGAGGAUCUGGAUUUGGACAACUUUGACCUGGAUGACAUGGAGAACGAAGACCUCAACUUGGAUGACGACUUCCUGAAUGAAUAGCAGUAUGCUGUGUAAUGUAUGUGUGUGGGGGGGCGGUGUGUUAGACCAAAAAAGGGGAUUCUAUGUUAAGCUUGGUUGAACAUAAAAUGUUUCAAUGUCAUUCCAGUCUCAUCGACCAAAUUAGCUUCUUGUUAAUUUUCUUGUCCAGUUUAAAUAAACCUUCAUAGCUUCAACGACAUGGGGGCCGGUCUGGGUCUUCAACACUAAUUACGAAUCAUUUGGAGAGAACCAGUUUGUUAUUCAGGGUAGGGAUGGGAUGUUUGAAUUGUUUCUUUGUUGACCAAAGUUGUAUUCCCUAGGGUGUAAUAUUUUGUACAUUUCAGAUUGACGAGUGGAAUAAAUCCACCUCUCAGCUUAAUCACCAACGAGCUGCAUGCUAGGUUUUCUACUGUCACCUUGACUAAAGAGUCCACCAUAUUACUUUGUAAUAAUUACUUUGUAAUAAAUUACAUGAUGCUGCA